GCCUUUCCUCCUCCAUCGUGAGCUUUACGCCUAACUGGGCUUCUUGUCAUGUCUUCUCACAAGACUUUCCGAAUCAAGCGAUUCCUGGCCAAGAAACAAAAGCAGAAUCGUCCUAUUCCUCAAUGGAUUCGGAUGAAAACUGGUAACAAAAUCAGGUACAACUCCAAGAGAAGACACUGGAGGAGAACAAAGCUGGGUCUGUAAGGAUUCGCACAAUGGCAAGACUAAAGGUUUAUACAGAGUUACGAUCAUCAUCAACUGGGUCCUGUGAUUAUCAGUCAAUCCUACCAGAUGGAAUUUUGGUUUUGUCUAAACUGGGGAUGGAGUUUGUCUCAUAAUAAAAUGUAGAAUGUGUCAAAAAAAA